ACUGACCUAGAGUUGAAAGCAGGUGGCAUGAUUUGGUGUUGGGCCACCAGGAUCCGGAAUGAGUCACAAGGCCAAACUCAGAAAAUGAAUCUGUUCCAGUCUAUAACAAGUGCCUUGGAUAAUGCCUUGUCCAGAGAUCCAACUGCAGUAAUAUUUGGUGAAGAUGUAGCCUUUGGUGGAGUCUUCAGGUGCACUGUUGGAUUACAAGACAAAUAUGGCAAAGACAGAGUUUUCAAUACCCCUUUGUGUGAACAAGGAAUUGUUGGAUUUGGUAUUGGAGUUGCAGUUGCUGGAGCUACAGCUAUUGCAGAAAUUCAAUUUGCAGACUACAUUUUCCCAGCAUUUGAUCAGAUUGUUAAUGAAGCAGCAAAAUAUCGAUAUCGCUCUGGAGAUCUUUUUAACUGCGGAAGUCUCACGAUAAGAGCACCAUGGGGUUGCGUAGGUCAUGGUGCGCUUUAUCAUUCUCAAAGUCCAGAAGCUUUUUUUGCUCAUUGUCCAGGAAUAAAGGUUGUUAUUCCAAGAAGUCCUCUUCAGGCCAAAGGACUAUUACUAUCAUGCAUAGAAGAUAAAAACCCCUGCAUAUUCUUUGAACCUAAAGUACUUUACAGAGCAGCAGUGGAACAAGUUCCUGUGGAGCCAUACUACAUUCCUCUGUCUCAAGCUGAGGUACUUCAGGAGGGAAGUGAUGUUACACUGGUUGCCUGGGGGACUCAGGUGCAUGUAAUCAGAGAGGUGGCAACCAUGGCUCAGGAUAAGCUAGGCGUGUCCUGUGAAGUAAUUGACCUGAAGACCAUUUUACCUUGGGAUAAUGAGACUGUUUGCAAGGUAGAACUAUAAUGCUAUUUAAUACAUAAAACAUUAUUUUGGUUGAUGUACCUAAGAGCAUAUACAAAAUUGAAUAAUGAGUGUAACGGGGACAGCUCUUUGUGUAUAUAUAGUCCAAAAUUUCUUGUUUGUUUGUUGUGUUGUAAAUAAUUGUAUGCACAGUAAAUAUAAAGGAAACAUUUACAGAAUAUCACAUGUCUCAUUAUCAUUAAAGGGAGGAUAACAGUUUAGACUACUGAUAGUGGUGUUACCAGCUUGUUCUUUUUAAGGAUUUUUAUAAUUUCUUUUCCAGCAUUACAGGGUUUUAACAACAUAGAUUUAAGGCAGGUACAUCGAGUUCUUGAAAAUCACUUUUUUUGUUUCUGUGUCUGGCUCUGUCUAUCGUCUUCUGGCAUCCUUAUGUCCAUGGAAUUUAGCUGGAAUUAUUUCAAUGUGAUUUUUCUUUGCAUUCAGUGAUUACAGUUUUGUCUAAUUAUACGUGGGCAAUGACGUUUAUGACCUGGCUGAUUUGUUACGGCUGUUUUCUUUAAAAAAAUAAAAAGCGGCUUUGGUUUUUGUUUUGUUUAAAGAUAGAAGCACUUUAGCAUUUUUUGUAUUUCAGAGCAUUAGAGGGUCAAUAUC